CCAUAGACACGCCCAUUUAACAUGUCUUCCAACACAGAGGCCUCCACGGAAUCUGUCUCUGAAUCAUUGGCUGAAAAGAAAUAUGAAGUUUUAAAGAGAAAAUGUGACAGUCUGGAAGAGACGAAUGAGACACUUCGACAGAAGCUAACCAAAAUAAGAAAAAUGAUAUCGGAGGCAGAAAAGGACAAAAAGUUUCUUGAGAAAAGACUUCAAGGUUAUGAGAGUGAAACUCUGUCGACAAUCAACACAGAGACUACAAAAGCAGUUCCUUCUCAGACUCAUUCUGGUACCAAAAAUGCUCUCCCAGUUCCUCAUCAAACGACAUAGUCUUCAGUAGUAUUGUUUUAAUGUAUUUAGAACUGACACCUGUUGCAUGUAUAUUAUAAUUUUAUCAAGAAAAUUCUUAGACUUAGCUUAGAAUCCUAAGUCCUUAACAACAA